UGCUGGUCUCUGCCUGUCUGUCCGCCUGCCUGCCUGUCAGCCUAUUUACUGUUUUGUUUUGUUUACUUUUAUUUAAUCGCAUAUGUGUAUUGGUAUGUUGUGGUUGCUAGUCAGUGUUUUUCAUUGCUGUUGUUGUUGUUACUGCUGUUUUUAUUCAUUAUUAUUCAGUGUGUCCAAAGAUUGUUUAAUUUACAUCAACAACACAGCAAAAAUAAAACGAAAACUGUAUAAAUUGUGUUGAGUUUGUUUUUGCUUUCAUUUCAUUGAUGCUGCCACUGAUUGUUGUUGUUGUUGUUGGCUGCUGCUGAUGCUGCUACUACAUAUCCAACAAUAAUCUAUACACAAGACAACAACAACUACUACAGUUGUUGGUAGCAAAGUGGUAUUGCUAUUUUUUUUUUCUUGUGUGUUUUGUAUUUGAGUGGUUUUUUGUUGUGACUGAAUAUUGUGGAAGUCUUAAUUGUGAUCUCGUAAAGUAAAGUGUUUGUUCGGCAGAAAUAAAUCUAAAUAAUACAGAUAAAAAGAAAUUGUUUUAAAAGAUAAAUUUGAUGAAAUAUAUGUAUAAGCAACCAACAACGGGAAACGGACAUGCGCCAUAUUGAAUAAUGAGAAAUAAUAACAACUACUACUAACAAAAAUAAAAAUAGCGAAUAACAGUUGAUAUGGUAGUGUUAACGUCUACAGCAAAUACCCACACAUACUAAGAAGAAGAAAAAAACUUGGCAGCAAAAACAGUUAACACUCUUUUUUAACUCAAGUGUAAACCCCCCAAUCAUACACACACACACACUAAACAGCCAUAGUGGUGUUGUUAUGAAAAACAAGUUAAGAGCGUUAAAGAGAAUUGAGUGUGAUUUAAACCAAAAAAAAAAACACUCAUGGUCAAUAGAAGUAACUAAGAGUUAAAGAAAACGAAAAAAAAAACAGUUAAUAAACAAAAAAGAGUAAUAAGUAAAGAAAUUGUUAAGAGAGAAUAAUGGCCUUUACACGCCAUCAAAUAGAAAAAAGACGUUUAAUUGAAUUGGUUAAAUUGAAUCCAAUUUUAUGGGAUUGUCGUUUGCCACACUAUAAACGAUCGGACAAGAAAAAGGCCUUGAAAUGGAAUGAAUUGGGUCGCAUCUUUAGUGUUAAUGGAGAAAGAGUUCAAAGAACUUUUACCUCGUUAAGGGAAAUAUUUCGUCGUGAAUUGAAUCACGAAAAAAUGUUGGGCACCAGAUUUAAAUCCAAAUGGGAGUAUUAUGAUGAAAUGGCCUUUCUCAAGGAAGUGAUACGGGAAAGAAAAUCUCGUGAACGAGCCAAAUCUAAUGAUGUUAUGCCACCUAAUUUGGGUACAACUAAUAAUAAUACCUCUACCGGUAUAGAUGAAUAUCAGUAUUUUGCUCCCAAUGAUCCCAAUAAUCCACAAAAUCAAUCAACCACACCACCCAUUACAACAUCGGCGGCGGCUCCUCCUCCUCUGCCCAUAACACAAACCGUAACAGUUACCCCAACAUCUGGCCAUCAAAAUGGCAAUACAACACCUUUAUUACCACCCUCCAUAAAUCCUCCCACCAUACCUUUAACCACCUUGACCACCAUAGCCAGCUCGCAGCUACAACCCGAUGUUUUACUCAAUCUAACACCCAGUACUUUGGCAGCUUUACAAAAACUAAAUGCAACUGGCACAGCAUUUCCAACCCAACCAUUACCCUCACGUCCCCUUUCAAGAGCUCGAUCUCUUACCAUACGCUCUUGUUCAUCGUCACCCUCUAUUUACAUAAAAGAUGAACCCGACUCUCUUGAAGACACCAUUUCGUUGGACACCAAUUCGAAUGGUAAAAUCAAAGAUACUCACAAAUCUUUAGCCAGCCGUUCCAAGGACAUCUCUACAAAACUUUUAUUAAAUUCCACAAAUCUUAAUUCUUCUACCCAAAAUCUAGUCAUAGAUGAAAGAGACUGUUCCGAUUUGGAUGAUGAUCCAGAUGAUGAUGUUGAUAUGCUAGAUGAUCGCCUCUCGAUAGCCACCUCGCUGCAGAGUUUAAAUAAGGAACCUCCGGCCGGUGUGACCAAUAAUAAUCCUCAACAUCCUACGCAUCGUUCUCAGCAAGGGCAAAGUUUAUAUCCAAAACCAACCGCCCGUGAGAUACUCUAUACGAAAUUUGGUGAGUUCUUAGCGGCUCGCCUGAAUACUCUUAACGAAACAGUGGCCAAUGAACUGAUGAAUAAAAUUUUAAUGUUAAUAGCAGAAAAGUAAGUGGUGGAAGGUUUAACGCACAUUUAUUAACCGAAGAUCAAAUUAACAAUUUUGUUUUGUUGGAAAAUAUUAUAUCAAUUACCUGAAGAUUAUUGUAUUUUAGAAUCAAGAUAAAAUUGUAACUUGAAAAAGAAUCUUGUAAAGGCUAAAGUUAUGAUUAUACACUCAAGUCAUGUCUUGAAGAUAUCGAAGAAUAUAUGUACGUAGGCAUAUAAAAUUAUAUAGAUUAGUAUAUAGACUAGGCUGUAUACUAAACUAUAGACUAGAUUAGACUCUCGACUAUACUAUAGAGAAGGCUAUAAACUAGGAAAUAGACUAGAGUAUAGAA